UGUGAACGAAGCCGUAAGUGCGGUUAUCUUAUAUCUACGCGUGUAGAUAACCGCGGUUGGUACUCGGUAGUGAGAGAAGAAAAAAAAAACCAAAACACGACGGCCGGGUCGACAAAUACAAUUGUGUUUCUGUUUUUUCAAUCGGUAUUGUCCUCGGACCUAGACUGAGAUUUUAUUUUUACUAGCGGUGACAUUCGUCAACGAGCGACUGAGGAACUACUAGGAGGAGUACGAUUCAAUCGCCGCCGAAACCCCGACCGCGAAUAGUCGACCCGUUCGCCCGUCGACUGGCAAUCGCUAGGUACAUGGAGAUAUUAGUUUGGUCUGACUCGACGUCUGUUACCCAAGUCUCUUUUGUGCGUGUUUCACGUACGCCAUCGCCAACGCUGCGCCAUCACAGAUCGGGCACCUAACAGUCAGUACGCAUCGCCGUUUAAUCUUCGUCGCUUAGAUCAACGUCCAUAGCUUGUUACAAUGUCCAAAAUACAUAACUUAAUCUGUUACAAGAAAAAUAAUACACAAAAAUCGAUGUCUGGUGCUGAAGAAACAUUUGUUGGUUCUAUUGAUGAAGGCACUAGCAGUACGCGUUUUUUGGUUUUUUCAUCUAAAACUCACCUGCCAGUAGCCAGUCAUCAAAUAAGUACAAAUAACAUAAGCUUAAAUGAAGGAUGGGUAGAACAAGAUCCAGAGGAUAUACUGAUUAAAGUCAAAGAAACUGUAGCUGUAACAUGUGAAAAACUCAAAAUGAUGAACAUAUCACCUUCAGCUAUUGCUGCGAUAGGCGUGACAAAUCAACGAGAAACUACUUUAAUGUGGGACAAAUAUACAGGGAAACCAUUAUACAAUGCUAUAAUAUGGAUGGAUAUGAGGACACAACCAAUAGUUGAUAGAUUCAUGAACAAAAGAAUUCCUAACUGCCAUACAUCGGAUGAAAAAAAAAGACAUUUACAGUUCAAAUGCGGUUUGACGAUGAAUCCAUACUUUAGUGUAUUCAAAUUAGUAUGGUUAAUAGAAAAUGUACCUGAAGUUUCAAAAGCUAUUAAAGAAGAAAGGUGCAUGUUUGGUACAAUGGAUUCAUGGCUUAUUUGGAAUUUUACAGGCGGUGUAAAUGGUGGAGUUCAUAUAACUGAUGUUACUAAUGCUUCUCGGACCAUGCUGAUGAAUAUUCACUCAUUACGAUGGGAUAAGGCUUUAAUUGAUUUUUUUGAAAUACCCAAAGGACUGAUAUUUCCAGAAAUACGAAGCUGUUCUGAAGUGUUUGGUCAUAUGACUGAUGGACCACUUAUAGAAACACCAAUAUCUGGGUGCAUUGGUGAUCAGCAAGCUGCACUUAUGGGUCAGAUGUGUUUUUUGGCAGGCCAAGCCAAGUGUACAUUCAGAACUGGAUGUUUUUUAUUGUAUAACACUGGUCGUAAACCGGUGAUUUCUACUCACGGUCUUUUAACUACCGUGGCUUACAAAAUGGGGAAACACACUGAUCCCAUUUAUGCUCUGGAAGGAUCUGUGGCUGUGGCUGGUUCCGCUACUAAGUGGUUGAAAGAUAAUCUAUGUAUCGUGGAUAGUUACAAGAGUAUGGAGGUAAUGGCUGAUAGUGUGGAAGACACAAAUGGCAUACAUUUUGUUCCCGCUUUUUCUGGACUUUAUGCGCCAUACUGGAAAAGUGACGCACGUGGUACAAUCACAGGGUUGACUAUGGAAACAACAGAUGCACAUUUAAUGCGAGCAACUCUUGAAGGAAUCUGUUUCCAGACAAAAGAUGUUAUGCAAUCUAUGCAAGCAGACACUGGCCACCCCAUUACAGCAUUGAAUGUAGAUGGUGGUAUGUCUACUAGCGAUACAUUUUUGAAGAUUCUCACAAAUGUUUGUUGUCUUCCAGUUGUGCGUCCUAAAAUGGUGGAAACUACAGCUUUAGGCGCUGCUUUGGUAGCUGGUUUUGCUGUUGGCAUAUGGAGUAUGCACAGUGUUAAAUCAAACUGUGACACUUUUAUUCAGACUUUAUCAGAUGAAGAACAAAAAUCAGAGUAUGUUUUGUGGAAAAAAGCAAUAGAUCGCAGCAUAGGUUGGAAUAAAGAUGAUGAAGAAAGUGAAUUUGAUGAUUUUGCUGGUUUUUAGCCAUUUUUAAUAAUCAAAAGUUGAGUUAUAAAAUUUGUAUGUGAAUUUUUAUUACUAUUGUGUUCAAAUUUAAAGUUUAUUGUGUAGUGCUAAAGCACAUAGUUAAAAAUAAUAUUUUAUGUAAUGUUUUAUAAUAAAAUGUUUAAAAACUUACAAGUAUAAGUAUAAAAAUAAAGUUAUUUUAUUUAGAAAAAGAA